AUGACCAAGAAGUUCUGCAUAAAUGCCAAGAGUAAAAACAAAACCUUUUUUCUGGCAAAGAGGCAGUCCAGCCAACAAGAGAACACUGGAGAAAACGCCAUCUCACUGGAAGGUUCACAUCUUCACACUUUCACAUGUGGGACCGCGACAUACACCAAAAUGAUCUGGAUCCCUUUAUUUCUGCAUCUUCUUGCAUCUUGCAGUACUAAUCGCAAUGAUCCUGCUUUAUUGACUGGGGAGUAUGAGGACGUCUCUCUUCAAGGCCAAAAAGGGCAUUAUCACAGAGAUGCAGACAAAGACAAAUGCACUAUGCCAUGUGAAAUGACUGCAAAGCUAAUGCGUGAUGAGAAACAUUCCUUGUGCAGUAACCUCCAGCAUACCAUAGUGUCAUAUACAAGAAACACUAGGAAGUUGAUCAGAGAUCUCAUUGAUGAACAGCAGAAAUCUUUGGAAUUUCUCUCAAGUCAGAUAAUCGAGCUUAUGGCCAAAGUAAACACACUCAGUUCAGAUGUGCAGAGAAGCAAUAGUGACAUCUUUUCUGUAAAGCCGAUGGAGUCCCACGGGAAAGACUGUAGUGACAUCCAAGAGACGCUAGGUGUCGUUUCUCCAAAAAUCCCUAGUGGAAUUUAUAUAAUUCAGCCAGAAAACACAGAUGUUUCCUUUGAGGUGUUCUGUGAGAUGGAUUACAUGGAGGGUGGAUGGACAGUAAUACAGAGACGGAUGGAUGGUCUCACUGACUUCAAACGAAUGUGGUCACCGUACUUGGAUGGAUUUGGACACUUACCGGGUGAACACUGGUUGGGUUUGAGAAAAAUCUUCAAUAUUGUGAAUCAGAGAAACACACGUUUCCAGCUGCACGUGUCUCUGGUCUCACAAGAUGACACCACUGCCUAUGCUUCAUACGACAACUUCUGGCUUGAAGACGAGACCAAAUUCUUUGCAAUACAUCUUGGCAGAUAUGCUGGUAGUGCAGGUGAUGCUUUUCGAGGGUAUGACCAAGAGCAGAACCAAGACACAGCCCCUUUCAGUACCUCUGACGUUGACAACGACGGUUGUUCUCCAUUCUGCACUUUUGCUAAUAAAGCUGUUGAGAGCUGCAGUGUGAACCAGAACAACACAGGAUGGUGGUUUAACCAGUGUGGCAAGGCAAAUUUGAAUGGCUCACCAUUGGAUCAGGAUAUCUCCACCCAGUCACAUAUUCACUGGGACACCUGGACCAAAAAUGGCAUGCUUUUCAAAAUCAAAUCAGUGACUAUGAAGAUCAGAAGAGUUGAGAUUUCGAAUUUAAAAUAAAUCCCUGAAGCUUCUGAAGAUUUUGUAUUAAAAUGGAACAUCUUAUCAUUUGGAAUCACUAAAAACUUGCACUUAUGCCCUAUGAGCUUUUCUAGAAAAAGCAAUUUGUAGGAAUAAACCUUUUGGCAUUGUAAUUUAGUCCACCAUGUUUUUUAAAUC